CUCCCCUGCCUCGCUCGGUUUUAAUAUUAAAAUCACCGCCUCCCCCCCCCCACCUCACCCGCUCGCCCUCCUCGGCGGGGAAAUGCAGGGAAAGAGGAAGGGAAAUUAAAUAGGGAGUGGGGAGGGGGAGCGCGGAAGGAAAGCUCCCCAUAGGAGAGUUAUUUUUGUUUUUGGGGGAGGAGAUCCACACUGCGUUUUCCUCUCGGCUGCCUCUUUCCUCCUCCUCCUUCUUCCCUCCCCCCUCUCCCGUCCCCUUUUACCCCUCGUCUCCCCGCAUUUGCCGGAGAGGCGAGAGCCGAUCGAGCCGCCUGGAAGCCGAAUGUGAAUAAGCAAAAGGGCGAGGAGGAGGAAGAGGAGGAGGGGGGCCUUGGAUUUGUACAAACCACCAUUAAGGACAGGAAGACGCGCCGCCGCACCGCAGGCUGGAGAGAAGGAGGAAAAAAUCUACCCAGCCCAGCCCGGAACGCAGAAGGGACUCGCCUUCUUUGCUUGCUGCCCGACGCCGCCGCCGCUGCCGCGGAAAGGUUAGCGGUGACCCUUUCGGGCGCUUCACCCACUUUGCAAGAGGCGCCUCGGAAGGGGAAGCCGCAAGGCGGAGGAGACGGGAGAGAAAACGGGCGAUUUUUUUUUAGCCUCCCCCCAAAAACAACAACAACAACAACAACAAAAAAAAGGGCCAGCCAAAGAAGAGAGACGUUGCUAGAGCUUCGGUGCCCGGAGUUGGGAGGGUCUCUUCUUCCCCUCCCCCGGCUUUCUGGAGCUUGCCGCUGCUGUCGCCUCGUUCCUGAAGGAUUAUAUGUAAAGUGAAGAAGGAGAGAAAGAAAGAAAAAGGACAAUUUUGCUUUUUAAUUCCGUUCCCCACCACCACCGGCGGAGGUGGCGUGGAAGCUGGAGAUAUUUAAAGGCAAACCCACCCAGAUUUGGUGGUGGCUCUCCCUGCGGGGUUUGGCGGGGGGGGGAGAAGAAGGAGGAAAAGGGAAGCCAAUUUUUAACCCGUGAUCCUUCCCCCUUCGGGUGGCUGCCGACCUCCCGACGUUCCCGGCCUCCCCCCCUCCCUAAUUGCCUUCCCCCCUUUUUUUUGGUGUGUGUUUGUGUGUGUGCGCGCUUUUUUUUUAAUUGGGGGGGGGAGGAAAAAUCUGCAUUGCGAGCGGAUCUGGCGGCGGUGUUAGGGGAGAAGGAGGCGAAGGCCCGGCUUGAGCAGUAGCAAAGUCAUCGCUCUCUCUACACCCCCCCACCCCAACCCCCCCAAUCCCUUCCCCCGGCCCCCACCCCGUUGUAGGCUCCGGGUUCUCCAUGCCUUUGGGUAGCGACAGCUGCGCGUGAAAAAAAUUAAUAUUGAACGGGGGGCCAAGGAGACUCGCCGCCUCGCCCGCCACCCCCGAUCGCUUCCUGCUUCCCCCUCCUUUUCCCCUUUCCCCUUCCCCUUCCCUCCCCCUCCACUGCAACCCCCCAAGAUGGGCUGUUUAGGGAACAGCAAGACUGAGGAUCAGCGCAACGAGGAGAAAGCGCAGCGAGAGGCCAACAAGAAGAUCGAGAAGCAGCUGCAGAAGGACAAACAGGUCUAUAGGGCCACGCACAGGCUCCUCUUGCUGGGUGCUGGUGAAUCUGGUAAAAGCACAAUUGUCAAGCAAAUGCGGAUCUUGCACGUCAAUGGAUUUAAUGCAGAGGAGAAAAAAAUGAAAAUUCAAGAUAUUAAAAAUAAUAUUAAAGAAGCUAUAGAGACAAUAGUAACAGCGAUGGGAAACCUGGCACCACCAGUUGAACUAGCUAAUGCAGAGAAUCAGUUUCGGAUUGAUUAUAUAUUAAACUUAGCAAAUCAGAUAGAUUUUGACUUCCCACCAGAAUUCUAUGAACAUACAAAAACACUUUGGCAAGAUGAAGGUGUGAAAGCGUGCUAUGAAAGAUCUAAUGAAUAUCAAUUGAUUGACUGUGCUCAGUAUUUCCUAGACAAGAUUGACAUAGUCAAGCAAAAUGAAUAUACACCGUCUGACCAGGACCUUCUUAGAUGCAGAGUUCUGACAUCAGGAAUAUUUGAAACCAAGUUUCAAGUCGACAAAGUAAAUUUCCAUAUGUUUGAUGUUGGUGGGCAAAGAGAUGAACGUCGAAAAUGGAUCCAGUGUUUCAAUGAUGUAACUGCUAUAAUAUUUGUGGUAGCCAGCAGUAGCUAUAACAUGGUUAUACGAGAAGACAAUCAGACCAACCGGCUUCAAGAAGCAUUAAACCUCUUCAAAAGUAUCUGGAACAACAGGUGGCUACGGACCAUUUCAGUUAUUCUUUUUCUGAACAAACAAGAUCUGCUAGCAGAGAAAGUUUUGGCAGGCAAAUCAAAAAUUGAAGAUUACUUUCCAGAAUUUGCUCGUUACACAACCCCAGAAGAUGCAACACCAGAACCUGGCGAGGAUCCUAGAGUUACAAGGGCCAAGUAUUUUAUUAGAGAUGAAUUUCUUAGAAUCAGCACAGCCAGUGGAGACGGACGGCAUUACUGCUACCCUCACUUCACCUGCGCCGUAGAUACAGAAAACAUUCGGAGGGUUUUCAAUGACUGUCGGGACAUUAUUCAAAGGAUGCAUCUUCGCCAAUAUGAGUUGUUGUGAUAGAGCGCACUUUUUCCUCUGUUUUGGACUCCUUGUUCCUUACUAAAAAGAAAAGAAAAAAAAAACCUGGCCCACAUAACGUGGAAGAGAACUGUUGCAGACUCUCUCUCUCUGAUUUGCAUCCUUCAGUCUUUUUUCCUUGCUGGACAAAGAGCAGCCUUUCUGUCUUGUUUCACUCCCUUGGAACGGAGAAAUAGUCCCCCCCGCGCAAAAAAAAAAAAAAAAGGCUAUUUCUGCAGCCAGGGUGAGGUUUUUCUCUUUAACAUGGCCCUUAACGAAACAAAACCCAAACAAUGCAAAACAAAAGAAUUAACGGGCCGAAGGGUCAAGCACCUGAGAAGAUUUGGGAUUUCAAUUAAAUAUUUAAAAGCAAACAAAAAAAAAAACAUACACACACACACACAAAAAGAGGGAGAACUUUAGAUAAUCAUUACUGUUGUGGGCAUGAUCAUUUAUCCCAUGAUUUCAACUGUAUCCAUUCACCGCGUCCAACUAAGGAAGGUGCCAAGUUCUAAGGGCAGCCGCUUCGGUUUGGGUUUUUUUGCCUCUGAAUGUGACUUUUGAGUGGAAAUACUGACAUUUCUACAAUGGCAAACCUAGACAGUAGAAAACCAACUGCUACCUUCAGAAAAGUGUUGCUGAACCGUGAUGUCCUGAUUAUCAGGGACAGUGCAAAAUGAACUGCAUUCUAGCCUGUGAUUGCAGAAAGAUUUAACCACACACUGUUUUCAGUUUGUCCACUGUCGAUCCUAUCUUUUUAUUUUAUAUAUAUAUAUAUAAAUAUAUAUAUUAAAAAAAUCUUUAUAUAUAUAUAAAAUCUUCCUUUUCCUGUUCCCCUGUCUUUCCCCUUCUUCUAUUUCCUCUUAUCCUCUUUCCAUGCUUUCUUUCUUUUUUUUUUUCCACCACUCCCCUAGUUUUUAUUUUACUGCUGGAUUAUUAUUCUUGUACAGACUGUAAAAUGUAUUAUUUUGUACAACUUUAUUGAAAAAAAAAAUAACUUGUAGAAGAUCUUUGUGCCUUGAUUAUGGCUGUACCUGUGCAAUGAGCUAAGAUGUAAGUAUGUUUGAUUGCGCUGUACAGCUUUGUCAAAUCUUUCAGCAGCAUUCGCUCAAGGUAGGGAAAAAUUUAUCUGUAGUUUAGGGAUUUUUUUUUCCUGGUUUAUAAAAGGAGGGGGUGGGGAAUACUGUUUAGUAUAUAAAAAAAAAAGUACAAAUCGUGCAAACUUAACCACUUUAAAAGUGAGUUCUACAACAAGCGAGCAGAUGUUUCAGCAUCAUGCUUUUUAAUUUUUAGCUUUAAUUCAUUUAAAUCUCUAUCCAAAUGCAAAACAUGGCUUGUUUCUACAUAAACCAAAUUUUGCUACAAAUUAUCAAUGUUAGUCUUUGUCAUUCAUAGUAUUUUUUUUUUGUGCAAAAAGAUAAAAACAGAACAAAAAAAUCAAUAUUAUAGGCACUGCACAGGCCUAGAGGCUGUCUUCAUGCUGGGUCUAAGACUUUUCCACCCAACGCUAACUCCUCUAACAGGCAUAAUGAUAAAAUGUACCUUGCCCCUAGAUCUGGUCACUGAAUUUCAGUUUCAAAUGACAUUUUACUUCUCUUUUAAUAAAGAGAUAACUUAAAACAUUGUUUUAUAUAUUAACUAUAUAAGUAGCUUAAAGUGGAGACGUGUGGAUUUUUUUUUCUUAAACUUGAAUAAUUUAUGCAAAUUAUAUGCUUAGGACAACAUGUGGUACAGUUUUUAAAAAAAAGCAAAAAUCACUGUAGCAAUAAGACAGCAUGUAAUUUUAGUAACUAUUACACUGCUUUAUAUUUUAUACUUAGGUGUUUCAUGUCUUUGUGAGAUAUUACUUUUUCAUGUGUCUAAACCUACCUGUACAAAUUUGUACAAAGUCUAAAAUUACAGCUAUAAUAACACGUCUAGAA